AUGCGAUCCUUGACUUUGUUCAAAACUACUAGCAAGAUAUUACUUCCUUCUACUAGAAAGAUAUCAGCCAUGAUUGUACCUGAACCUCCAAGUUGUCUUCUUACCGAGAUGCAAGUUCCUCCAAGACUGUUGUUUGGUCCAGGACCAUCAAACAUGCCUAACUCGGUUGCUCAGACUCAGGGUUUAUCUUUACUUGGACAUCUACAUCCUGAGUUUGUCAAGGUCAUGUCUGAUGUAAGAGUUGGACUGCAAUAUGUAUUUCAAACCAAAAACGCCUAUACGUUUGCUGUUAGUGGCACAGGACAUGCCGGUAUGGAAUGUGCUCUUCUAAACCUUCUGGAAAGAGGAGAAAAACUGUUGGUUGUUCAAAAUGGCAUAUGGGGAGAACGAGCUACAAGCUUGGGAAAACGUCUAGGCUUAGAUGUUCAAGUCGUUUCAUGCCCACCUGGUGAAGCUGUUUCCGUUCCUCAAAUUUGCGAGGCUAUCGAAAAGAACAAACCUAAAGUUGUUUUUGUCUGCCACGGAGAAAGUUCUACAGGAGUCUGCCAUCCUUUGGCUGGAAUCAAAGACGCUUGUGAGAAAACAGGAACUCUCUUCCUAGUAGACACGGUUGCUUCAUUAGGAGGAGCUCCAUUCUCAAUGGAUGAGUUAGGCGUAGAUUGUGUAUAUUCGGCAACUCAAAAGGUAUUGAACGCUCCACCUGGAUUGGCGCCGAUAUCUUUCAGCGACAAAGCAAUUCAAAUGGUGAAAAACCGCAAAGAGCCAGUCAGUUCAUUCUACUUUGAUUGUCUCGAGUUAGGAAACUAUUGGGGAUGCGACGGUGAAAUGAAACGAUAUCAUCACACUGCUCCAAUAUCUUCUGUUUAUGCAUUGAGAGAAGCUUUAGCAAUUGUUGCUAAACAAGGCAUCAACUCAUUGGUCAAACGCCAUCAAACCAACUCCCAAUUUUUGUACCAAAAGCUUCAGGAGAAAGGUCUGGAGUGUUUUGUGGAGAAGGAAAACAUACGUUUACCUUGUCUCACUACUGUGAAAGUUCCUGAAAGCGUCGAUUGGAAGCUAGUCAUAAGUAAUCUGAUGGCAGAAGGGAUUGAGAUUUCCGGUGGGUUAGGACCUACUUUUGGUAAGAUAUUCCGAAUUGGCACCUUCGGACAGAACUCAGAACAACAGAAAAUUGAAAAUGUCGUUAAUCAGAUGGCUAUAGCCAUAGAGAAAUCAAAACUAUAG